UUAAUCACCUUCAAAAAAGACGUCACAAAAUCUCACAUAAGAAACAAUUGAGAAAAAUGUGAAAAUGACUGACAACUGUCGCAAUAAUUGAAAAACAUGUUAGAUAAACAACUACAAGGGCAGUCAACAUUUAGUAAAUGCAAGUCGUUUUUCAGGAAUCCUAGUUUACUAUUUGAAUUUCAAACCGAAACAGUGAAGUUGUUGAUCUACAACUACGCCAUUGUGUUACUAAUAGCAAAUCAGGAUGUUGGUUGGAACUAUAAAUUCAAUGGUAAUGAAAUAGCAAGUCGAUUUGGUCAGGAACUCAUCGAACCGAGCAUAUUGUCGAAAUUCGGUUUCUGUUUUCGACUGCUAACAAUAAUAUUGAACACACUGGCCGUAAAUGCAAUCAUAACACCGCUGCGGAGCAAUCGUAAAUUCUUACUGCCAUGUAUACUUUGGAAUUUCUAUAGCAUUUCAGCUGUCUCAGAGAACAUAUUGGAAAUUAUCUGGAAUAUGUACCUGUUGGAGGUGCCAUUUCACUUAUUUCUCACCAUUUCAAUGGUUGGUAUAUUUAUGAUUUGUUUACAAAGUAAAUUAACGCUGCAAGUGUUGCGUUUCUAUGAGUAUUUAAAUUACGUAUGAUCAAAAAUGAUCACAGGGCAUAGCGCGAUUGUAUAUGUAAAUAUUAAUAUACAACAAAAAUAAGAAAUAAACAUACGUAAUGGAAAAAUAA